AUGGCACAAACCUCAAACAAACCUGUCUUCUCCUUGUCUCUGUUGGCCCUUGAGUUCAAGUACGAGUACGUAUGCCCCUUGCCUCCAACUCUAGGCGAGGGUUCACCGGGCAUCACUUGGAAGGCCGACGUCAAGUGCAUCCAUGACACCGCCAUGCCCCUUUUCGAGCAAGGGAAGGAGAUCAUUUUGAUUGGUCAUUCCUAUGGUGGGGGCUUCUCACAACUCAUUCUUCUGGCUGCUUUUGUAGUGCCCCAGAGGGGCAUGGAUUUGUUGGAGAUGUAUCGUGGUGCAUGGCCAGACAUCGUUCAAACUACAAAGCCUUACACCAAGAACCAAUUGGUGAUUCCCAGAGAGGAAUGCAAGGACCUCUUUUACACCGACGUCCCCAAGGGUGAUCGGGACAUAUACUACAACAUGAUGGUUCCUAGUUCACAAGAUACUUGGGAAACGCCAUUCGAUUUUGUUGUGGCCGAUGUGACUAUCCCCAAGGCGUACAUAAUAUGCACGCAAGACUUGGGCAUGUCAGCGAAGGCGCAAGAGAUGAUUGUGAAAACGCCUGGUCUACACUUCCCGGUCAAAAGGAUGGACUCGGGACAUAGCCCGUUUCUGGACCAGCCGGCGAGGGUAGUGGAGGACUAA